CAAUUGUUGUUGCGCUAUGCGCUAUGCGCUAGUUGCGUUUUCGGAUAUCGCGUUCAUGAUCGCGUUGUUUUCACAUGUUGUCGCGUCUUCAGGCGAUAUACGUGGGCGCGAGAUGGGAAAGUAAGAAGUGUUUAGUGAUUCAGCAAACAUACUUCUUGCACUGUGCUUAUGUCGUACCUUCGUUUGAUCUGCCACACCGCGAGGUAAAUGUUUAAACAAGUGCCAGAACAUUGCCAUGUCAGCUCGUGCAUGGUCUGACUUGGUAGGUGAAAGUCCCCUUUGGAAGCAUGGCCGCUGACACGAGAGAUAGCAGUCAUGAAGGCAACCCGCCUUUGCUUGCCACAAGUCAAGUGCCCAUUAUCAACAAGCCACCUCAAGCUGGCAGGAUAGCAAACGCCAGAGAAGACGAAGAUGGAAGCCCUCAGGAGGCAUAUCUCUGGGAGAGUGCUGAAGUUCACAGUGGAGCUAGCAGAGUUGAAAAGGACAAGGCUCCACACAGCAUGUCACACUCUUCGCAGCCCACUGAAAAAGACUGCAUUGGUUGGGAAUGGAAAUCCUUGAAAGAGUUGUCUGCACUGGACUGUCAGCAGCUUCGACAGCUUUGUACCAAGCUGGCUCAGCUUAUCAAACAACGUUCCGUUGAUCUGGCCCCGUUGCUCGAGGAGCACCACAACCUGCAAGAGGAAGUUGACGCACGCAAUGUUGUCAUACAACAGCUUCUGAAAAUCACAUGCCAGCAAAUGGAGCUGCCACGGCGGCCUAUCCAGAUGUCUGUUAUAUUCCCCGAAAGCAAGUCCGACGAAGAUGAGUCUGACGCUGCCUUGUACAAUUGAUCUCACCGGGACGCUCGCAGUGUAGUGCUUUUAAAGUCCCCUUCGGGCAUGCACUUUUCUUGCGCACGGUAUUGUUCUGCUGCCUUUUUGUGUUUCAGAACGCUCUGAAGUCAUUUUUUUAUUGCCACUUGUUGAGCCAGCAGCACGGGUAUUUGCUAUGUAUUUUCCAAUAAAGUGCCAUGCACAGUUCUUGCUCACAUGCAUCUGUUCCAGUUACAGCAGUUUACUCUGUACAGUUGGCAUAAAGAUUUUGCAUACCGUGGGAUCUAAGAAAAAACUGAAUAUUUCUGAUGCCUGGCCAUGCAGCCUGGUGUUUAGAUUUCAAAUCUGUACUAGCACAUGAGAACAACAAAGUGUUGUACACUUUUACUGGCUGCGAGCACAAGCUGCUAGACAAUUCAAUGUUUUCUCAGCUCCCGCAGUUUUUAAAUGUUUGGCACCAACCGUACACGUACAUUGCCGUAUGUGUUCAGUGACACCAACAAAGGUGCCUGCUUGCACUUGCCAGCAUUUGGAGGCAUUAACUGUGCCAGGAAACGAUACUCACUGCUUCUGGUGGCGUGCAGGGCAUGUAGCCAAAGAAGUACCAAGCUUCAGCUGUUUUCACAGGAAGAGCCCAGCUUAUUAUAAUUUUGUAUAAUGUACAGCGAACAAGCUCAGCUUGAUCGCCGGAGCAUUUUGUUGCUUUUAUGUAGCUUGUCAGUGAAUCUUGCUGAAACAACCAUCAGUUGAAGCAAGAAUACUGCAAGUAUGGAAUGUGAAAGAAUAAAUGUUUUUGCUUCUCCUG